AUGGCGCAUCGACUCGCGGCGUCCCUGAAGUUACGGCGGGCGGCGCAGCAAGUGAUGGAGGGCGUCCUCCCGCGCGCCAACCUCGGCGAUACCACUUCAAGUGCGACUAAUGGCACCGCCCUGGCAGGAGCGCGAAGUGCCGGGAGUGCGACAGAGCACGCGGAGGCAGCAGCACAGCCGAUCCUUGAGCGUGAGGAGCGGCGUCACGGUAGCAAGCAUCAGCAUCAUCAGCAUAAGGAGCAUGGCACCGCCCACCGCCCUUCCCAGACUGCCUCCUCCCUCUACUCCCGCCGCUUCUCCCGCUCAGCUUCCCUCACUCUUCCCCACCUCUCUUCACCCAUUCCUUCCUCACACUCCCUCGCUCUCUCCGCAGGUUCCUCCCCUCCUUUACCCUCUUCUCCUCCCUCCGCCACGCUCCCAGCUACCGCCUCUGCUUCACGUCCUCCUUCCUGCACCGCGUCUCCCUCGCACUCCCAUGACUACCCGGCCCUUCACUUCCCCUCCGCCCGCCCGUCACCACCAACUGGUGCACCGGCCAUGCUUGUGCUCCUCCCCAGAUUCACCGCACCUGCCCAGCACCCAACCCUAACACACAGCUGUGGCACAAGCCCUCCCUGUCUGCCCCCGUCGCCCACUGCCAGAAGGCUGAGAGCACAGCUGAGAGCAGCGGCAGCAAGGCAGGCCAGUGAGCAGCCUGUGGGAGGCACGGGCGGUGGGAUCUUCUUCUGA